AUGGCUGUUUCAACAGCUUUUCCUUCUUCUUCUUCUUCUUCUUCAUCAUCAUCUUCAUCUCAUCUCUACUCUCUAUUAACAAAUCUCUCUGCAAGCGAACUCUCUCUGCAAGCGAACUCUCUCUACAAUACUCUUGGGCUCUCUUUCUGCUUUAUACAUGGUCAAGUUGUGGUCCAUGCAAAACAUGGUCGCGCUUUCCUCGUAUUUUUAGAUAAAAGCAACAUACAAUCAACUCUGCAAAGCUCAGGUCCCCUAUGUUUUGAUCUGCAAGCACUCCAUACUUGGUUGAAGCCUUGGAUGGGGUCUUGGGGUCAUGCGCGUAAGGUGGUUGUCUCGUGUGGCCUCAGCACCUGUUGCCCCGGUAGCUCGUAA